AGCUGGGGAUGGACCGAACGCAUGGGUUCUCCGCAAUGUCGAACUCACUACCCCGGUCUGUCGAUGACACGCGCAUCGACCAGUCUCUAUAAGACCGCUGCUUACAGUCGCAUAGAGGACUCGGUCAUCACGCGCAACUUCACGAGUUUCGCAAAGUCUGCCAUCCCUCUGCGACUGGCUUUGUGGCUUCUCACUUCUCUUGAAAUUCUUUGUUAGGCACCAUGGCCGCAAUCGACAAGAACGAGAUUUCGUAUGUUGACGAAAAGUCGACAUCCCUCGACGAUACAAAACCACACCAGAUUGUCCAGAUCGAAAACUUCCAGGUUCUUGGUCUCCAUCCAGAAGAUGCAGAUUUCUACAUCAAUUACCCUGAGGAGAAGAGAAAGAAUGUCAUCCACAAGGUUGAUGUUCGCUUAGUGCCCAUGUUGGCUGUUCUCUACCUCAUUUCCCACAUCGACAGAGCGAAUAUCGGUAAUGCAAAGAUUGAAGGCAUGGUUACAGAUCUUGGCCUGAGCAACAUCCAGUGGAACGUCGUUCUCUCUGUCUUCUUCGUGCCCUACAUUCUGCUCGAGGUGCCCAGCAAUAUGCUUCUCAAGAAGUUCAAGCGCCCAUCUGUCUACCUUGGCAUCCUCAUCGUCGCAUGGGGUAUCAUCAUGACUUGUAUGGGUGUUGUCAAGGACUUUUCCGGUCUCUUGGCUACUCGUAUCCUUCUUGGUGUCUUUGAGGCUGGUUUCUUUCCCGGAGCUGUGUAUCUUUGCUCUUAUUGGUACAUGCCUAAAGAUCUUGCAACCCGCAUAUCAUACUUUUACUGUGCUUCGGCGCUCUCUGGCGCCUUCAGUGGUCUUCUUGCAGCCGCCAUCGCCAAAAUGGAUGGUGUUGGCGGCUACGAGGGAUGGCGCUGGAUUUUUCUUCUUGAGGGUAUUGUCACUGUCAUUCUUGGUGUUUCCUGCUUUUUUCUCCUCAUUGACUCUCCAGCCUUGAGCGGUAGGUGGCUUGAGCCCGAUGAGAUCCGGUUUCUUGAGCUCCAAAAGUUCAUCAAAGAUGGCGGCAGCUUUGCCAAUGAAAAGGAAGAGAAGAUCUGCUGGCAUGAUCUGAAGAUGGUUCUCACCAACUGGAGACUGUACAUGCAAGCGUAUAUCCUGCUUUGCAUCUCGGCCUGCUCAUACGGAACGAAGUUCACCCUUCCAACAAUCACCAAGGGUAUGGGCUUCAACAACACCAAUGCCCAGCUCAUGACUGUUCCACCAUACGUUUGCGGUGCUAUCAGCUCCAUUGUAUUCGCUCGUCUUUCUGACAAGUUCUACUGGCGCUUGCCCUUCGUCGCGAUUCCUCUAUCGUUGAUCGCCAUCGGUUACUCAAUCAUCAUUAGUUUCCAGGGUAAUCUUCGAGCCAAUCUCGGCCCAUCUUUCUUUGCCAUCAUUCUUACCUGCAUUGGCAUAUACCCUGUUCAGCCUGCUGGAAGCUCUUGGGCGGCCAACAACUUGGCUCCUAGCUCUCGUCGGGCUAUUGGAGUGGCCUUUAAUAUUUGUGUCGGGAAUGUUGGAGGGGUCGUUGGCAGUUAUAUGUACCUUGAGUCAGAGAAGCCUGUGUACAACACAGGUUUUGGCCUAUCGCUUGCUUUCGGCGCCUCUGGUUUCAUCGUUGCCUUCCUGUUGGAAGCUUCAUACAAGUGGGGCAAUUCGAAGAAGGGCAAGCUUGAUGAGGACGAGAUCAGGGCCAGAUACACUGACAGGGAACUCCUGAAGAUGGGUGAUAAGUCACCUCUAUUCAAGUACACCCUUUGAACCUUGGACAAGAGACGUCAGUUUGGGUUUUAGCAUUGGCAUCAACGAUGCAAACGGGUCGUGUUGUUAGCCAGGAGGGCAUUUGGUAC